AUGCGAACGAAAGCUCUAUUUCUGUCAUCGCUAUCUCUCUGUGCCAGAGUCGCCAAUGCGGCUUUUGGACUCACCACCAACUCCAACUCUUAUGUGAUUGACGCCGGGUCACCAAACCCGCUGGUGUUUACUGUGAGCCGCUCGAGCUGCGAUAUUACGUCUAUCAAGUUCUACGGUUCCGAAUUUCAAUAUUCUAGCCAGGGUAGCCACAUUGGCUCUGGUCUCGGCAGCGCUGAUGUGUCUGCGGUCCAAGAUGGUGACUAUAUCAAGGUGACUUGUGAGGCCGGCACCUUGACGCAUUAUUUCGUCGUUCACAAUGGAGAUCCUAUCAUCCACAUGGCAACCCAUAUCACUGCGCAGCCCUCAAUUGGCGAGCUACGCUUCAUCGCCCGGCUUAACUCGAACCUGCUUCCUAACGAGGAGCCCUUUGGCGAUGUCUCUACCACCAGCGGCGGUAGUGCUAUCGAGGGAUCGGACGUGUUCCUCGUCAAUGGCCAGACGCGCAGCAAGUUCUACUCCAGCCAACGGUUUAUCGACGACCAGAGACACUGUAUUUCGGGAAGCGCUCACCGCGUGUGCAUGAUCCUCAACCAGUACGAGGGUUCCUCUGGCGGUCCUUUCUUCCGUGACAUCAACACCAACAACGGCGGCAGCUACAACGCUCUCUACUGGUACAUGAACUCGGGCCACGUUCAGACUGAGGACUGGCGCAUGGGUCUUCACGGCCCCUACUCCAUGUACUUUAGCCGUAGCGGAACCCCCAGUACCAAUAUCGAUACCUCCUUCUUCGGGAACCUCGACAUUAAAGGUUACGUCCCUGCGAGCGGCCGAGGAACCGUUAGUGGUACUGCAUCGGGCGCUAAUUCGAACUUUAAAUGGGUUAUUCAUUGGUACAACAAGGAUGCUCAGUACUGGGCCUACACCGGGUCGGGUGGUGCCUUUACCUCCCCGGCGAUGAAGCCCGGUACUUACACGAUGGUGUACUACCAGGGCGAGUUCAAGGUUGCCGAACAGUCUGUGACCGUGACUGCGGGAUCGAAGACUACUAAGAAUAUAUCUGGCUCUGUUUCUACUGGCACCACCAUCUUCAAGAUUGGUGAAUGGGAUGGAACACCUACUGGUUUCCGGAACGCAGAGAACCAACUCCGCAUGCAUCCCUCCGACUCCCGAAUGAGCAGCUGGGGCCCUCUCACCUACACGGUGGGCAGCUCGCAGCUGACCGAUUUCCCCAUGGCUCUUUUCAAGUCCGUCAACGACCCUCUCACGAUCAAGUUCACCGCCACCGCCGCCCAGACCGGCAAGGCUACUACUCUGCGCAUUGGAACCACCCUUGCUUUUGCGGGCGGCCGUCCCCAGGCAAAGGUCAACAGCUGGACCGGCUCUGCUCCGUCUGCACCCACGAACCUCAACUCCCGAGGCGUCACCCGCGGUGCGUACCGAGGCAAUGGAGAAGUCUACGACGUUAGCAUCCCCGCCGGAACUAUUGUCGAAGGCUCCAACACGAUUACCAUCUCUGUUAUCUCCGGAAGCUCGGGAGCGGAUUUCCUCAGUCCCAACUUUGUGUUCGACUGCGUUGAGCUUUUUCAGUAGAUCACGAUCUGUUGGAUAGUAGUGGAGAGUGGAUCUGAGAUCUACGUGAGGUGUGAGCUCGGUUGUCUCUGAAGAGCUGAGUAGUCGACGUCGACAAGUUUGUUUCUCUUUCUAUAGUAAAUUAUUACCUGAUACUUCGUG